GACCCAUCUGUUCCUCUCAUGGCAGAUGAAAAGAGAAAGGGUGGAGAACGGACGCACAGGAAAAAGAGGAAGGGAUGAAAAGUGGAUUAACAUUUGCUGAAAGCACAGAAGAUUCCUUUUAAAUGAAUAUUUAACCCAAAAACAUGUAGCCAAGAUGAAGAUGUGGAUUAUUUUCCUUUGCCUGAGCAGCAACUGGAUACAAACACCCUUUACUGCUGGUGUAACCCUGACACCCCCAUCCGCACAAGUGACUCCUACUGAAGAUGAGAACACCCAACUUGUGGAUUGGUUGGUUAAGUAUGGCUACCUUCCACCCUCAGACCCCUCCACUGGACAGCUCCAGGCCUGGACAGCUGUCACUAAUGCAGUCAGGAUUAUGCAGAGGUUUGCCGGCCUCAAAGACACAGGAAUUGUGGAUAAGGAGACAAUGGCCUUGAUGAACAGUCCACGCUGUUCCAUGCCAGACCAAGAGGAACCAUCCAAAUCACUGGACAACCAAGAGAGGAGAAACAAGAGAAGGAGAAGGACUAUUUCCAUGUGGACACGCAAGAACAUUAACUGGAGGUUGCAUUCAUAUCCCUCCUCCUCCCAUCUGUCCCGGGAAACAAUUCGCUCACUGGUCUUCUAUGCCUUAAGAGUAUGGGCAGAACCGACAACUCUGGAGUUCCACGAGGUGAGUAGUCCACAUGCAGCUGACCUGCAGGUAGACUUCCUCCAUGGUUACCACGGUGAUGGCUAUCCCUUCGAUGGGGCAGGUGGUGCAGUCGGCCAUGCUUUUUUCCCAUCAGACCCUACUCGGGCAGGAGGAGUUCAUUUGGACGCAGAAGAGGUGUGGGCCUUCAGACAACUAGCUUCUGAGGGUACUGACCUGUUCACAGUACUGGUUCAUGAGUUUGGCCAUGCACUUGGCCUGGCUCACUCCUCAUCACGCCACUCAGUGAUGAGGCCUUACUACCAGGGUCCUGCUGGCGACCCCCUCCACUACCAACUGGGACCUAAUGAUCUGGAGGACAUCACCCAGCUCUAUGGUAAACGGAGCCUGCUGCCCCCUACCGAUGCUUCUCACUUUGCACCAGAGCCUCAGUUGCGCCACAAAGCUACACACCACCAUGACGAUAGAUAUGGCUCCUCCUUAGAUCGAUGUAACACCAGUUUUGACGUUGUGACAAGGAUACGAGGAGAGAUUUUCUUAUUCAAAGGUCUGACCAUGUGGCGAGUCAGUGGUGCAGGUCUGGUGUCGGGUCGCGGGGCUUCAGUCAGGAAGCUGUGGAGGGAUCUACCUCCUGACUUGCCUCGUCUUCAUGCUGUGCUGGAGAGACAGUCAGAUCAUGCUAUCAUCUUUAUCAGUGGCUCCAGCUUCUGGCUAUUCAAGGACCUGUCCCUGCAGGAAGGCUACCCUCAGCCCCUCUCUGCCCUCAGGAUGGGGCUAAGUACGGUUGGAGCAGAUGACGAUGAUAAGAAAGCAGCAGCAGGGAGGUGGGGCCUGGUCUGGGAUCCAGAGGAGGGUACCAUGUGGGGAAACUUAGGAAAUGCUGAGGAAGAGAAACAAGAAGACACCUGGACUCAGCUGCUUAAAGAGGGAGUCAGUGGCAUCACGACAGACAGCAAUGGCUCAAUCUAUCUCUUCAAAGGAGAGUCCUACUGGAAGUUCAUGUUUCCAGGUUCUUCACCGCAAGAUGGAUACCCACGAUCCUUGGCUGAGGACUGGCUGGACUGCCCUGAUUCCACCUCUUCCUCAUCUGUUGUGGAUGACCUCUCCUUGACUCUGUCUCCACCUGCAGGAAGACAGGAGCUCAGGGAGAGAUGGAGGGAGGUGAGAGAGGAGGUGGAAGCAGGGGGAAGGAGGAGGGAGCGUGGGAAACUUGGAAAUGCAGGUGAUGACAGACAGGACAGAAGUUCACAAAUCUGGACACAGUGCACUUGCCAAAAUGGAGCACUGGGUGACAGGACAACAACUUUUAUUGGUGCCUUGCUGCUGGGCACAUGGAUACUUUUGGUUUAUUAAAGCUUUAUAAGAUAAUUAAAGUCAGCUGCCUUCUCAGGCUAUAGCUGAGAGGGGCAUCCCAUCCACACAUUCUAUAUAUUCACAUGUGGAUUCAUUCCACCUUUUGAAGACACAGUUUUGAAAUGUGAAGAUUGACACUAAUUCUAAUGCAUGUGUGUUAUACAGAGCUGGAACCAUAUUUAGCCUGGCUUGGAUGACAGACUGGAGGGAAACAGCUAGCCUGGUAAUUAAUCAUUUCAGUGGGUGAUUAGUCAAUACAGAUGAUGAUACAAACCUGGCAACAUUAUACUAAUAAUCUGUUUGCCAAGAAGUAGCUCUAACACAUACAGUGAUUGUCCCUAAAAAAAAAGAGAGAGUGUGUUAAUUUAUUAGCCAAUGAGGUGUUUUUGAGUCUUAGUUAAAAUUUGGACUGAGCCAGGUUAGAUGUCUUUACAUUUUUCAGGUUAAAUGCAUACUGAAACCUGCUCUGAACUGUAAGGACUGCAAGGCAAAUAUCCGGACGGAGCUCCUUAACAGCAGUCUAUACAAUUGUAAAAAUACUGUAUAUGCUCCAUAAUGUUGUAUAAUUCUCGCAAUGGUAGCUGACUAUAUACCAUUUUAAAAUGUGUUUGGCUGGUGAGUAAGCAUCUCUUCUUUUGUCUGACUAUGAAAUCUUAGUCCAUAAUAAAGUAAAUCAAGUAAACUCAAGUCCAGACACAUUUCAUUUUCACAAUGAUUUAAUACAAGGUUAUGUUGCUAUUAUCAAUUUUGCAACUCCCAGCUUUAUUGAUUGGUUUUAGAGACUUUUGGGCAUUUUUAAUGAGACAUGCGUUUUCAGUGCAUAUACAUAUCUGAAGUGUUUGAACAUGUAUUAAUGAAAUACAAUGUUGUUGGCAUAAUGAAAAGGGCACAUAUUGUACACAAUAUGCAUUGUACAGUGCUAUGUCAUGUAUGAUUUUGAACUUCCAAGGCUUAUUUGUC